AUGGCGUCCAGUUUUGUGCAACUCUUCGGCUACAUGAUCAGCAUGAUAGGUCUACUUUUGACCAUCAUUAUCUGUGCCAGACCUAACUGGAGGGUCAAUGAUCUCGACGGAGAAGUCAUCGAGUCUAUUAGACGUUCCUCUGGCCUCUGGUCUCGUUGCACAUACUAUAAUACUGGCAACUGGCAAUGCGAUCAGUACGAUACCUUCUUCCUUGGAUUGCCCGCUCCUCUUCAAGUUGCCCGUGCUUGCGUCUGCAUUGCUUUGGCUUUCCAAGGAAUUGCUAGUUUGGCUGCUUUUGCUGGGAUGGAAUGCACAAAUCUCAUUCCUUCUUACGAGUCAGCUGAUCCAGAGGGUGACAAUGCUGCUAUCAAAAGAAAGAUCAUGCUGGGUGUCGGCGGCUCCGUCGUCUUCGCCGGUAUCUCGCUGUGCGUGGGAGUCAGCUACUACGCCGCGACCGUGCUCCAAGAGUACAAUGGAACAAACAUGAUUCGAAUGAGUGGAAUGAAUGGCGGUAUGCGCGGGCCCAACACUCAGCUCCAAGUCGGCGAAAGGUACAUUUACGGUUACUGUACUUAUCUCGGCUGGAUCGCCAUGAUCAUCAACUGGAUUGGUGGUGGCAUCAUCAUCUGCGCGAGCUGUUCUUCUAGCUCGGUUGGUGAUGGGUCCAUCCCAACCAGUUCAACGGCGGCCAGCGCAAAACCAACUACGACUCCAACGAGUACCUCUAAGUUUAUCGAUUUCCCCCAAGAUUGCGAACCCACUAAUCGCCUUAUCAUCUUCCCCCGCGAACAUCCCCAUCUCCCUGAAAUUGUUACUGCCCAAACCUUAUCUUGA